GGCGCCGCCGACCCCACUAGCAGCAGCUACCGAUGCUAAGCUAAGCUGCUGCCGGGACGUGUUUCCGACCCGAACCUCAGCUCCGAACCGAACCUCCCGGUACCGGGACCCGGACCUGGACCCGAACCUGGACCCGGACCCGGAACCGAGCCGGAACCAUGGACGCGGUCAACGCCUUCAACCAGGAGCUCUUCUCCCUCAUGGACUCCAAGCCUCCCAUCUCUCGGGCCAAGAUGAUCUCCAUCACCAAGUCGGCCAUCAAGGCCAUGAAGCUCUACAAGCACGUGGUCCAGAUCGUGGAGAAGUUCAUCAAAAAGUGUAAGCCGGAGUACAAGGUAGCCGGCCUGUACGUGGUCGACUCCAUCGUGCGUCAGUCCCGUCACCAGUUUGGUUCUGACAAGGACGUGUUUGGGCCGCGCUUCACCAAGAACAUCACAGGAACCUUCCAGAACCUGUGCCUGUGCCCCGUGGAGGACCGGAGCAAGAUCGUGCGGGUGCUGAACCUGUGGCAGAAGAACGGCGUGUUCCGGAUCGAGGUGAUCCAGCCGCUGCUGGACAUGGCGGCCGGGUCGGGCAGCGGCGCCGCGGCGCUGGGAGCCGACGACGAGCCCGGUUCUCCGCCGCCUCCGGCCAAAGAGGCGGUUACCGCGGUAACGGCCAACUCCACCACGGCGGCGGCGCCUCAGCUGCACAACUCCGACGCCCUGGCGGCUGUAGCCCAACUCUUCACGUCCUCGCAGGGCCAGCAGCUCCAGCAGAUGCUCCAGAACUUCCAGCAGCAUCAGCCGCUGAAGCCCGACUCCAACGCUCAGCCUCCCCCUCACGCCGGCCCGACGCCGGUCCAGACGGCCGCCGGCCCGGGAGCAGCGGCGCCGGCGCCGGCCCAUCUGCCCUCACCGCAGCCCCCCCACCAAGCCCCGCCCACUCAGACGGCCCAGCAGAAGACGGCCUUCGACAGGACGCUGCUGGACCGCUUCGACUACGACGACGAGCCGGAGGGAGAAGACGCCAGGAAGGAGGAGAACUCCUCACAGCCGCCCUUCUUGCAGCAGCCGGGCGGCUUCCCCCCGAACACGGAGCACUUCAACCUGCAGAUGAUGAACCGAACACAAGACCUUUCUCUGCAGGUUCCUCCCAACGGCCAGCUCCAGGCCCGCGGGCUGCUGCCGGGGCACAACUUCCCGGGGGUUCUGCCCCCCGUGGGCCUCUCUCUGCCGGGCCAGAUGCUGCCCGGGCCCACGCCGGGGUUCCCAGGGGGCUUCCAGAACCAGAACCAGCAGGACUCGUCGAUGGACGUGGACCCGUCCUCCCGGGACUCCCGGCUCGGCCCGCCGUCCGACUCCGGCUCCAGGUCUCCGAAGAGGCGGAGGUCGCGAUCCAACUCCCGCUCGCGGCGCUCCAGGCACCGGAGGUCGCGCUCGCGCUCCCGGGACCGAGACCGAGACAGAGACCGGGACCGGGACCGGCGGCACCACUCGCCGCGCUCGCUCGACCGCCGGGAGAGAGAAAAGGAGAGGGAGAGGCGGCAGAAAGGCCUGCCGCCGCCCAAGAACCAGACGCUGAGCGUGUGCAGCACCACCCUGUGGGUCGGCCAGUUGGACAAGAGAACGCAGCAGCAGGACGUGGCGUCUCUGCUGGAGGAGUUCGGACAGAUCGACUCCAUCAACAUGAUCCCGCCGCGCGGCUGCGCCUACAUCGUGAUGAUCCAGCGGCAGGACGCCUUCAGGGCGCUGCAGAAACUCAGCCGCGGCUCCUACAAGGUCAACCAGAAGAACAUCAAGAUCGCCUGGGCGCUGAACAAGGGCAUCAAGCCGGAGUUCAAGCAGUUCUGGGAGGUGGAGCUGGGCGUCACCUACAUCCCCUGGGCCAAGGUCCGGGACGACCAGCUGGAGGAGCUGCAGGAGGGCGGGAUGCUGGACGGAGACACGCUAUCACCGGACUGGAGCGCGGCGAGGAAGAGCCUGGACCGGCCCGAGGAGCCGACCCACAACGGCCGGGCGGAGCAGCAGUCGGAGGAGAUGCUGCCGGGCGGCCCUGCGGCCGCCGCCCCACCUGUGCAGGUUCCUCCCCUGCAGCAGCCGAUGGGCGUGGGUUCCCUCCAACCCCCGGUGUUCCCUGGUCCCAUGGGGAUGCCCCCCCCCUCCUUCACGCCGGGGCUGCCCCCCCCUCCCUUCAUCCGGCCGGGCUUCAACCCCAUGCAGAUGCCUCCAGGGUUCCCCCCCCCAGGAUCGAUGCCCCUCGGCCCCCCCCCUCCUCCCAAGGUCGGGGUGGACGACCCGUCUGAGCUCGGAGGCCCAAACAGGAACAACGAAGACCUGGAAGGUCCAAACAUGUUCAGCAGCCAGAUGGGACCCAUGGGUAACCAGGUUGGACAUCCUGGCGCCCCCCCCGGUCUUCCAGGGAGCAUCCCGCCCCCCCCCGGGGGCCUGCUGGGGGCCCGGCCCGGCGUGAUCCCCCUGCAGCGUCCUCCGGUGCCGCCGCCUCACAUGCAGCGGUUCCCGCCCCCCCACGGCCCCCGGCCCCCCCACCCCAACAUGCCCCCCAACAUGCCCCCCAUGAUGCCCCGAGGCCCCCACCCCCAGAUGAUGCACCAGGAGCCCAAGGGCGGCUUCGGCAUGCCCCCCCCACACAACCUGAGGGGGCCCUUCCCUCACGGGCACGGCCCCCCCCACCAGGGCCAGGGCCCCCCCCACCAGGGCCAGGGCCCGCCCCACCAGGGCCAGGGCCCGCCCCACCAGGGCCUGCUGCCCCCCCAGGGCCCCCCGCCUGCCCCGUUCAUCAGGCCGGGGGCCCCCCGGGGCCCGGACCCCCCCGAGGAGAUGGAGGAGCGGCCCUUCAGGGCCGAGAGACCCGGGUUCAGGGACCCGGAGAGAGACCGGGACUGGGACCGGAGCAGGGACCGGGACCGAGACCGGGACCGGGGCUUCGGGGGGGGGCGGCGGCCCCCCUUCGGGGAGAAACCGGACCGGCUCGGGGACUGGCAGGAGGAGAACCGGGGCGGAGGAGGAGGAGGGGGGUGGGACCGGGACCGGGACCGAGACCGGGACCGGCGGGACUGGAGGGAGAGACGGGCCAGUCUGGACCGGGACCGGGGAGACCGGGGGGACCGGGACCGGGGGGGCCGGGACGACCGGGGGGGGCCGGGCCCGGCCCGACGAGGGGAAGGCGGGGGACCGGCCCCUCCCGCCCCCGCGCCGCCCCGGCGGCCCGAGCGCCGCGAGCGGGCGACCCGCUGGGACAAGGACGACCGUCUGGCCGAGCUGGAGAACCUGGAGAACCGGAUCUCCCGGACUCCCGGCAGCAGCAGCCAGGAGGCGCCGCCGUUAGCGGCUAAUGCUACGGCUACCGCUAAUGCUACCGCUAACGCUACGGCUACCGCGGCUCCAGCUGCUACCACGGUUGCCGCGGCAGCGGGAGCCGCGGUAACGGGGAAGGAGCCAGACGCUGGAGCGCCGCCGGCCCAAAGCACCGCGGUAACCGCGGUAACGGACUCUGAACACUCGGCCCCGCCCCCAGAGACGAGCCCCGCCCCCUCCGAACCGGUUCCGCCGGUUCCGGUUCCGGCGGCCCAGAAAGAGACCGACGCCGCCGACGAGGCCAAACCGGACCCGGCGGCGUCGUAGGAACCGCUGGGAGAUCCGGAAGGUUCUGACCGCCAUCAGUCUCUCAAGUAGUCCGUCUGUCCCGCCGGAGAGGAACCGGUCCUAGCCGGUUCUGGGUUCUGGUUCUGGGUCGUACACUGCAAAAAACUCAAUCUUACCAGGAAUAUUUCUUAUUUCUAGUUAAAAUGUCUCAUUUUUAGUCAAAAAAAAAUCUCAUUACACUUA